UUUUGUUUUACACUUCUGGCACGUUCACGUUUUUAAUAAGGUUUUUCGUAUAAUUUGGCACGAUUUUGGUGAAAGAUCUGUGACAAAUAUUCGGUUUUGCGGUUGAUAAUAGUUUCAACCAGCAAUCAUGAAGCCAGGCCAAUCCAGCAAACCAGCGAAAUCUCUGAGCCAAUCGAAAUCAGCAGCUACUACGUCUGUAGCAUCCGUCUCUCGUCCAGCUCCGGAAAUCGACGCCAGUCCGAUACGGAAAUAUACCGAUGGAGGCCAAAAAUUGAUGCUCAACGCCAUGAAAGCUGUUCUGGCAUUGCCUUCCGGCAACUCUCGAGAUCUGUAUGACACGCACCCAUCGUUCGUCCGGAUCAUGGAUACUCAGGCGAACAAUGUUCUGCACAUGAUUUCUGACGUGCUGAAAAUGCAUGAAAUAAAAGGGAACAUUGUCGUUCGCGAUCGGGAGGAAAAAUUUGAACUACUGCAGGAGUUCAACGACUCCAUUCUUGAGCGAAUCAAUUCAAAUCUGGACGAAGUGGCGGGAAUCAAGAAGAAGCACGAAACGGUGCUUGUGCAGAGCGAAAUCCAGCUUCAGGCUACACCUCGGCAGCGUCUGAGUGGCAGUUGGAACAAUUCCAUUAAGACUACCGCAGCUGCUGCAGUGAUGAAGGCUACUCUGGUUACUGGAACGAACAUACAGCGACCUCAAGCAAAUUUCAAAGUUCCGGUGGAUAACUCGUCGUUGAAUCCGUUCGUCCCGAAGAUAAAGGAAAAGCCGAAUUCUCUGAAGCCGCUGGCUGUUCUUCCUGAGUACGACGAGGCAGGGAAUAUUGUCAGCUAUCUGCAUCCGUACGAAUUUGAGUUGGACAGGUUUGAACCCUCUAAAGAAGCACUGAAGACGGUAGAGCCACAGGAACCUUUGCUGCUAGAAAACACCCCCAUGGACAUCAUCGAUAAGGAAAAUCAACUCCCGGUGCUUUUGAGGGAAUUGAAGGCUGCCAAAGAGCUUGCAAUUGAUUUGGAACACCAUUCGUAUCGGACAUAUCAGGGGUUCACCUGUCUGAUGCAAAUUUCUACACGAAGUAAGGACUAUAUCAUCGAUACGUUGGCUCUUCGCGAAGAAUUGUACGUUUUGAACGAAGUGUUCACCAAUCCAAAGGUGGUGAAAGUAUUGCACGGUUCGAUAAGCGAUAUCGAAUGGCUUCAGCGGGAUUUGUCCUUGUACAUAGUAAAUAUGUUUGAUACUGGUGAAGCUGCGAAGGUUUUGGAGUUUUCAAGAAUUGGUUUACAGUUCCUCUUGAAGCAUUAUUGCAACAUCGAGACGGACAAAGCGUACCAGCUAGCCGAUUGGCGUAUUCGUCCAAUUCCACACAAUUUCGUCGAUUAUGCUCGUAAAGAUACCCACUAUCUGCUAUACAUCUACGAUCGAAUGCGUAACGAGUUGAUCGCGAAAGGCGCUAGCUUCUUGCCUACCGUUUACAACAAAUCUACCUUCAUGUGCAAGCAGCGUUACAUUAAACCGGUCAUCAACGAAGAUGCAGUCAUGAACAUCUAUCGUCGGUCAAGGCACGUGUUCGAUCAACGCCAAAUGUAUGCUUUCCGGGAAAUACUCUACUGGCGCGACAAAAUCGCCCGCCAGGAAGACGAAUCCCCCGGUUACGUUCUACCUCAGCACAUGGUGUUGGACAUUGCAUCCAAGUUGCCCCGCGAGAUGCAAGGAAUAAUCGCUUGCUGCACGCCGGUCCCAUCGCUAGUACGGCAACAUUUGCAUACGCUGCAUCAGAUCAUCCUCAAAGCAAGGGAGAUCCCGUUGAAUAAGGCCGUUCCGCAAGCGAUCGAACAUCAGAAGGACACUCGCCACAAGAUGCAAUCAUCGUUCGACUUGAGUAAUCCACUGUUUUGUCCGCACGAUACUAGCCAUGGGGUGCACCUGGAGACCAACAUGCCGACUUUGCUCAGUUCAUCCAGCAAGAUUGGCGUUUGCGAGGAGGUUGUGGCCGGCAUAGUCAAAGAGCAACCGGAUGCGUCAGUAUUCGUGGAGUCGAAAAUGAGAACGUUGGAUGAGAAGGGAAGACUAAUUUUGGACCAUAGCUUAUCGGAGGAUUCCAAGAUGAUCAAAUUCAUCGAAAUGCACUAUCAAAACAAGCAGCAAGACCGUGACCAGAGUCUGAACGGCACCCUGAACCUAUCCUAUCAGGAUCGUAAAUUCAACACCCCAUACGAGAGGCACUUGGAAACUUGCCGCAAUCGUUACCAGAAUGAGGAGGAGCCUGAACUAGAAGAGAAACCGGUGGUGAAACUGGAACGUGGUGAAAAGCCUGCUUCUUCCAAUGUGGUUAAGGCAGAACCAGUGUCCAAGCUUCCUUUGAAGGCUCAGAAAAGACAGGAAGAAAGGGAAGCGAAGCGCAAGCUUGUUCAAACGGAAACGGCCAACAAGAUCCUGUUCAGCAACUAUGAACCUCAGCAGAAGAAGGAAAAGACAGAUCGUCUGUCCAAAGGGGAGUUCCCAAUGCCAAUUAAAAUGCCAGGUGAAAUAAAUGAUAAUGCUGAUGCUGGGAACGACAAUGACAACGACGAUGAUGAUGAUUAUUAUGAUGCCAGGAAUGUGUCGGGUCAGAGUAGUCAGAACAGUAGCUUUGCCAACGGGGGUAAGAAAGGUAAAAACAAGAAGAAAAAGUUUAAUAAACCAGGAAAAGCCGCGCAAAAGGAUUUCAAGCAAACUUCAAACAAACCGGUGCCUUUCGACUACAGUCAAGCUGACUACUCUAAGUUCCAAGGAGGAUCGAAACCACUGCCUCAGAAAGGUAAGAAAGGCAAGUUCUUUGCACGGAAAUUCGGUCAAGGUGCCGGUGCUUCCACGGGUGAAGGCUCUAUUGAUGCUGCCGAGAAGAGGCUCCAUCCCAACAGCAGAAUAGCGAAGGGAAUCAAGCAGAGCCAGAAAAUGUUUAACUUUAGUAGCAAUAAUUUACAAAGGAAGAAGUAAGGAAAUUUGUAAGUAUGUAUGUUCUAAUAACAUAAGAUCAUUUGGCAAAAAAACAU